UGCGGGGCGGGUCCCAGACUUCCCGCUCCGCUGAGGUGGCGGCAUGACGAAAUCGACGCAGGGGGUAGGCAUGGGGGGGGGUGGAGGAAGCAGCGCGUGGCGCGCUACGUAAGGGGGUGGCUCCGCCGGGACUGCGAGCUGGUGUUUACGAGGAGGAUGCUGGUGGUGGAGGUGGCGAACGGCCGCUCCCUGGUGUGGGGGGCCGAGGCGGUGCAGGCGCUGCGGGAGCGCCUGGGAGUAGGGGGCCGCACGGUCGGCGCCCUGCCCCGCGGACCCCGCCAGAACUCGCGCCUGGGCCUCCCGCUGCUGCUGAUGCCCGAAGAGGCGCGGCUGCUGGCAGAGAUCGGCGCGGUGACCCUAGUCAGCGCCCCGCGCCCGGAUCCCCGCCAGCACAGCCUGGCAUUGGCAUCCUUCAAGCGCCAGCAAGAACAAGGCUUCCAGGAGCAAAGUGCUCUGGCAGCUGAGGCCCGUGAGACCCGUCGUCAGGAGCUCCUAGAGAAGAUUGCAGAGGGCCAGGCUGCGAAGAAGCAGAAGCUGGAACAGAAAUCAGGGACCAGCGGGAGCCAGGAGGCCGGUGGGAACCAAGCUGCAGAAGAGAAUGAGGCCAGUGCUGGCCAGGCUGCUGGAGAGCAUGAGGAAGCGGGUGAAGGCUCCUCCUCUCCCCAGCCAGGGCCUUCAAAUGGGGUGGCUCCUUUGCCCAGGUCUGCUCUGCUCAUCCAGCUGGCCACUGCUAGGCCUCGGCCCAUCAAGGCUAGGCCCCUGGACUGGCGUGUCCAGUCCAAAGACUGGCCCCACGCUGGCCGUCCUGCCCACGAGCUUCGCUACAGCAUCUACAGAGACCUGUGGGAGCGAGGCUUCUUCCUCAGUGCGGCUGGCAAGUUCGGGGGCGACUUCCUGGUCUAUCCCGUGUCUUCCAGCUCCCUGCCACUGGAAAGUGCUACCUGCCUCUCUCCUUCACCCAGGCGACCCGCUCCGUUUCCAUGCUCACUACAUCGCUCAGUGCUGGGCUCCCGGGGACCCCAUCCCACUCCAGGACCUGGUUUCUGCUGGCCGCCUCGGCACCAGUGUCAGAAAGACACUGCUGCUUUGCUCUCCGCAGCCUGAUGGUAAGGUGGUCUACACAUCCCUGCAGUGGGCCAGCCUGCAGUGAACUCCAGAGACCUGUGGGCACGUGCCUGUGUCCUUGGCAAGAGCCUUUCUAGAUGGUCCCAAGCUCAUCUCCGAGUGGGAGGCUCGACCACCCUCCUGCCUCUCUCGGCAGUUAGUUUUUGAUUCCAGAUUUAUAAACACUACAUCCUUCUCAUGUCCCUCCCUGAUUCAAAGCACUUAGUGGCUGUGUUGUUUUUAUAGUUACCUAUUUCCAACUGUGAGUUUCUUGAGUGUGAAAGCUGAUUCAUCUCUGUUUCCUACAGGGCUUAGGUCCCAAAAGGUCUCAAUAAACUUGUUGAAUAAA